AUGUCUGUCGAAAAGGACAAUAUGUUUUGGAAAGCUCUAUUAGAGCACAAAGUCCCCAAGAAAAAACUCAAGAAGAGGAACGCCAAGCUGGCUAACGCAAAAGAAUACGCACUGAAGUAUCAUGUCAGUCAGGAAGACGUCGAAAAGGUACGAAACCACUUUUUUCAUCAACUUGGAGAUUUCCUUCACGCAACGGAAAAAGCAAAUUCUUUUUAUUGGCAAAUACCACUUGCCUACAUUCUAAAUAUAUUGAUCUGGUGGCGAGUUGACUUUAGCGACGAUGAAAUUACCCAUCUCUCAGCGAAUUCAACGAGGUGCCUUUGUCNAAGAGGAACGCCAAGCUGGCUAACGCAAAAGAAUACGCACUGA